GUGGGGCUUGCAAAUGUAAGUGCAGGAGCCCAACGGACUGGAGGUAGCAAGCAACACCCAGGUUCUGCCUUAGAUGACAGACUUGCUGAAUUAGCAGCAUCAAUCACCACGAGUGUUGGUCUGCUCACCACAUCUGUGGGGUUUGAGUGCCUCAAGGAGGACACCCGAGAGGUGCUGAAGCUCACCUCUGAGCUGCUGAGGAACCCAGAUCUUCCUGAGGCAAGCAUUGAGCUGUUCAAAUCUCGCCUUCUAAAUGCCGUCGACCACAUAAAUGACAACAUCUCAUCCAUCCCAGCACGGACAGUGGAGCAGGUGAUUUAUGGGAGCGGCAGCAUUUACGCAAGGCAACCCACAUACAGCGGUGUCAAAUCCAUAACAAGACAGGAUGCAGUUCACUUUUUGGCGCAAUGGCAGAGGCCCGAUGCUGCUGUCCUGGGCAUCGUGGGCGAUUUCUCAUCUCCAGACAUGCGCCGCAUUGUGAGGGACACCCUGGAAGGCUGGAUACCAGCCAAGGGCCAGCCAGCCACACCUCCUGUCCCUCCAGCAUAUCCCAUCCCACAACAAGUCCAUGCUGGCUGGGCCUUUCUCAUUCAGCAGGACAACGUGGAGCAGACGAGCGUGGCCAUUGGUGAGCUGGGGGUCACUCUAGGUGACCCGGAUGUUCCAGCAUUGGCUGUUGCCAGCAGCAUACUCAAUUCCUAUGGUGGCCGUCUCUUCGAUCAGAUCCGAUCGAAGGAAGGCCUUGCGUAUUCGGUGUCCUGCCAGUGGGACACGCCGAUGGACCAUCCUGGACUGUUCCUUCUGGAAGGCUCCACACUUGAGCCAAUGGAAUUUCUCAGCGGUGCCAGAAGCAUUCUUGAAAUGGCAACGGAGACUGCCCCCACCGAUGCUGAGUUGGAAAGAGCAAAAUCUGAGGCGGUGAAUUCGUUUGUGUUCAAUUUCGCGUCCACCGGCGCCCAGCUCAACAGAGCACUGGUCUACGACGUCAUGGGCCUCCCACAGGACUACCUGUUUCGCUACAAAUCUGCGGUGGAGAGCGUGACCAAGGAAGACGUCGUCAAUGCCGCCGCGCGCCACUUGCACCUGGCUGAGCAAACGGUGGUCAUGUGCGGGGACGUCAACAAAUUGAAGCCGGAGCUGGAGAAGCAGGGGUGGAGGGUUGCCUUGUACCAGCCAGAGUGA